AUGGAUUACCUCUCCAAGCCCGGGCUCCUCAGCGUCAUCGCCGGAGUCGCGUGCGGCGUUUGCCUGGGAUGGGGCAUUCGCGGGAAGCUCCUCAGACAGCCCAAGGGCAGAGCGGCCGCAGCCGCCAGCGACGCGGGGAGCGAAGCCGACGUCAUGGGAGAGUCCGGGGAGCUCAAGAUGGUGCUGAUCGUCCGGAACGAUCUGAAGAUGGGGAAGGGCAAAGUGGCCGCCCAGUGUUCGCACGCUGCCGUGUCUGCCUACAAGCAGGUUCAGAGGAGGAAUCCCGAGCUGCUCAAGCAGUGGGAGUACUGCGGGCAGCCCAAGGUGGUGCUCAAGGCUCCUGACGAAGAGACGCUCGUGCAGCUCCUCACAGAUGCUAAACAGCGAGGGCUGACCGUGAGCUUGAUACAAGAUGCAGGUCGUACUCAGAUAGCGCCAGGCUCCCGGACGGUGCUUGGAAUUGGACCAGGACCAGCUGAUAUAAUAGAUAAAGUUUCUGGUCAUCUAAAACUCUUCUAGACUAGGGACCAAGGAAAUGUGAUUGUAACAGUCUAC